AUGCAGCAGCAAAAAAGGCAGCCAGAGUUAGUGGAAGGAAACCUUCCUGUCUUCCUAUUCCCCACGGAGCUUAUAUUUUAUGCGGACGACCAGUCGACCCAUAAACAGGUGUUGACUCUCUAUAACCCCUAUGAAUUUGCCUUAAAAUUCAAAGGUGCGUCUCAGGUACAAUUCUAUUUAAGGGUUUGCUUGGGGAGGAGGGAUUGUCUCAACUUCCUUUUAUUUGCUUUCUGACCUGCCUUUUGCCUGAAGGUCCGUGGGUGGGUUACAAGAACUUGGGAGUCCGGAUAAGGCAUGGCCCAACCUGGCCUUCCAGCUGUUUUGGGACAACAACUCCCAUCACCCCUAGCUAACAGGACCAGCGGUCAGGGAUGGUGGGAAUUAUAAUCCCAAAACAGCUGGAGGGUUGGAGUUCGGUCGUUCCCGAUGUUGAGCUUCGCUUCUGUGCCAGUUUUCCUUGCAAUUGGCUGACAUCGGAUGACGGCCCCUUUUCUUUUCUUUCAGUUCUUUGCACAACCCCAAAUAAAUAUGUCGUGGUCGAUGCAGCGGGCGCGGUGAAGCCUCAGUGCUGUGUUGACAUGUGAGUAAAAAGCUGGUUUUUGGUUUGUUGCUUUGUAAUGAAUAGCAACCACUAAGCUGCCUUCCAGAGGCCAUUCGUUAAUUUAUUAGAUGCGUAGUCCACCCUCAUCAAUACAUCUCAGGGUGGGGAAAUCAAAAAAUUAAAAAAUUGUCCAGUGGCACCUUAGGAACCAACUCAGUUUGUUCUGGGUCUAAGCUUUACGUCGGCAUGUGCCCUUCUUCAGAUACACAGAAACCAAAGUCUAGUAUGAAAGAGGCCUCCCAGCGUUCUCACAGGCCCAUAUAAGGCAGUUGGGCCUGACGAGCGUUUACUGUUCCCAACCCUAAUCCUGCGGAAAGCCAUCUAAUUGGAUUUGAAUUUGAUCCUGACUUGUUUUCAGGAGGUAAUUUCGUUAUUGCUUGAUUUUAUACCAGUGUUACAUAUUUGGUGUUAGCCUCCCUGAGCCCAGGUUCGGACGGGGAGGGCGGCAUACAAAUAAAAGUUUAUUAUUUAUUUUUAUUAACCAGACCCUGAUAGAUAGUGGGAGGGUGGGGUAGGGUUUUCCCCCAAAGGGUAGUAGCACUCAAUGGGUAUGGUCAACCUGUGGGCGACUGUGAACGACUGCAAUUAGUCCGACAGGACCUGACCCUGUGCUCCGGGGACCAGUGUGGCUGGCAUAGCACUGGGUGGACGUGGUCAGCAGGGGACCGAUCCACUGUCCCUUGGACCUUGUGGGGGGCCAGACUAGAUAGGGGGGAUGAAUGAAUUCCUAUUCCCCACAAACAACCCAGAGAUGCAUUUUAAAUAAAAGGGCAUAUUCUACUCAUGUAAAAACACGCUGAUUCCUGGACAGUCCGUGGGCCAGAUUGAGAAGGCGAUUGGGCCGGAUCCAGCCCCUGGGCCUUAGUUUGCCUACCCAUGGUAUAAAGGAAUACAAUAUUGAUCUAGGAAAGAAAGUUUUUAUAAAACAUCGCAGAAAUAAAAUGAUACAACACGCUUAUGAGAAAGGGAAAAAACAUGGAGAGGAUGGGUAGUCAUAGGUUUGUGAAGAAACCCCAUAAUUGAAACUGUAUGUAUCUUUUGAGAUCACCGAUAGCUUUACAGUGGUACCUUAGUUUACGACAGGCAGAGGCAACCUUGGCACUCCAGCUGCUUUGGGACUACAAUUCCCAUCAUCCCUGACCACUCAUCCUGUGAGUUAGGCAUCAUGGGAGUUGUAGUCCCAAAACAGCUGGAGGGCCUAGGUUGCCUAUGCCUGGUUUACGACCAUCAUCCGUUCCGGAGGUCCCUUCGUAAACUGAAAGAGGUCGUAACCCAAGGCAUGCUUUUGCCAAUGGGGCCUCCAAAAACGGGUCAUUGUCCAAAACAAUGUGUUCGCCAACCAAAAAAAUUGUUUGUAAUAAAAAACCACGGGUUGUAACCCGAAAAAGGUUCGCAAACCGGGACGUGCACGUCUGGGUUUGAAUCGAUCGUCAUUCAAAACUGUCGUAAGCUAGGUUGUUCACAAACCAAGGUACUAAUAGAAAUAAUUAUGACAACUUGUUGUGCAUAUAUAAAUAAUGAGCUGCUUAUAAAUAUUAGAAGUAAGUCUAUUUAGUAUGGAGAUGACAGGCUUCCUCAACCUUGGCCCUCCAUGUUUUUGGCCUACAACUCCCAUGAUCCCUAGCUAGCAGGACCAGUGGUCAGGGAUGAUGGGAAUUGUAGUCUCAAAAACAUCUGGAGGGCCGAGGUUGAGGAAGCCUGAGAUAAGGUAAAUAGGGUGAUUUAGAAAUGCGGAGAUAAAAGUGAUUGCAUAUGGUAGUCAGGGAGGAGAACGGGAGAAAGUCAAAGCUCAAUUUGAGCAAAGAUAUAUGUGAUGAAGAAAUUUUAUUUGGUUGUUUGUUAUAAAGCAGGCAUCCCCAACCUUUGGCCCUCCGGAUGUUUUGGACUGCAAUUCCCAUCAUCCCUGGCCACUGGUCCUGUUAGCUAGGGAUCAUGUGAGCUGUAGGCCAAAACAUCUGGGGAGCCGCGGGUUGGGGAUGCCUGUUAUAAAAUAAAAAAGAAAAUUUAAUAAACAUUGUAUUAAAACAAAAAAAGAGCAAUAACGCGUUAAAAAAGGAAAUGUGGCCAUUCACGUCCUCCUCCCAUUACAGCGUGAUCCGUCACAGAGAUGUCCGACCUUGCCACUAUGGCGUGAUCGACAAGUUUCGGCUCCAGGUCUCAGAGCAGAGCCAGAGGAAAGCGCUGGGGAGGAAAGAGGUCAUCGCCACUCUGCUUCCAGCAGCGAAAGACCCGAAGGAAGAGGAGGAGAAGAGGAUCACAGCACAUCUGGCAGAGAGCGUCUUUUUCGAGCAGGCUUUGUGCCAGCCAGGUAGUUGGAUGGUUGGAACACCAUUGCUUUUUGGAGCUAUAGACCUGCCUCUUUAUCUAUUUAUUAUUAUUAUUAUUAUUAUUAUUACUACUACUACUACUACUACAGUGGUACCUUGGGUUACAUAUGCUUCAGGUUACAGACUCCGCCAACCCAGAAAUAGUACCUUGGAUUAAGGAGAAGAGAAACCGUGCAGCGGCAGCAGGAGGCUCCAUUAGCUAAAGUGGUACCUCAGGUUAAGAACAGUUUCAGGUUAAGAAUGGACCUCCAGAACGAAUUAAGUUCUUAACCAGAGGUACCACUGUAUUAUAUACCAGGGGUCAGCAAACUUUCAGCAGGGGGCGAGAGAUGCAUUUUAAAUAAAAGGGCACAUUCUACUCAUGUAAAAACACGCUGGUUCCCGGACCGCCCGAAGGCAAUUGGGCCAGAUCCGGCCCCUGGGCUGUAGUUUGCCUACCCAUGGCAGGGGCUGGCAAGUUUUCUUCAUGGUGGGCUGGUCCACUGUCCCUCAGACCUUGUGGGGGGCUGGACUAGAUUUUUUGAGGGGGGGGGAGAACGAAUUCCUACGCCCCACAAAUAAUCCAGAGAUGCAUUUUAAAUAAAAGGACACAUUCUACUCAUGCCGAUUCCUAGUCCCAGUCCACCGGAUUGAGAAGGCCAUUGGGCUGCAUCUGGCCCCCGGGCCUUAGGUUGCCUACCCUUGUUAUAUGCAUUUGUGAAUGUUUACUCAAACCCUGCCAAUGAGUCCAACUCUCCUUGUUGUCUCUUCAUAUAUAUCAUAAAUGGUUCCCAUUCUCUUUUAAAGUCUUUGUUGUCCCUCUCAUGUAAUUUAUCUGUUCAUUUUGCUAAUUCUGCAUAUUCCAUGACUUUCUCUUGCCGUUGUUCUUUCUUGGCUUUCUUCUGUCUUCCGAGCUGGGGCUAAUAGAAUCCUUGCUGCUGUUGUUUCACGCAUAAAUAAUUUCCAGUUGUCCUUUCUUAUUUCUUAUUUCUUUAAGCAUAUUUACAAGCAGACAAUAUGGAGGCAUUUCCCCACAUCUGCCGUAUUAAGCAGCUGGUCCCUUACCUCCCUUGUCCUGACCUCGCCACAGUGACCCAUGCAACGGUCACCCCCAGGCUUGAUUAUUGUAACUCGCUCUACGCAGGGUCACCCAGAAACCCCAGCGGGCAGAGAACGCCUUGGCGAGGUUCCUCACAGUGUCCCCGCUGCGGGACCACGUCCACCCAGCGCUGUGCCAGCCGCACUGGCUCCCAGUGGAGCACAGGGUCAGGUUUCAGGGGCUGGUUUUCACCUUUAAACUAGGCUUCCUCCACCUCAGCCCUCCAGAUGUUUUUGGCCUACAACUCUCAUCACCCCUAGCUAGCAGAACCAGUGGUCAGGGAUGAUGGGAUUGUAGUCUCAAAACAUUUGGAAGGGCCAAGGCUGAGGAAGCCUGCACUUAACCCCAAAAACCAAAAAGAGUAAAGGGAAAGGGUCAGAAAGAAAGAAAGAACUACACCCAUUUGACUUUUUAAUGUUUUAUUUGAGAAUAUUUACAAACAAACAAACAGGUACACACACUUCACCCCCAAAAACCAAAGACAGUAAAGGGAAAAGGUGAGAAAAAUAGAAAAGAUGGAGGAGCCCACCCAUUUGACUCCCCUCCAUCAGCACUUGUCACCUUGAGAGUCCUUUUAAGUUCUCAUUCCCAUUACGUAUUAUUUAUCACUGCAAUUACUUCCUUUGAUAGUAUGAUUACGGUGUAACAUCAAGUCACCUUACAAGCUUAACCUUCCUCUGCUUGUCAAUAUGAAGAGGAUGCCAGCAAGGUUGAACCUUUCUGUAAGGAAAAAAAGGAUUUUAUGAUUUGGGAAAAAAGGAAACCUUCCUCUGCUUGUCAAUAUGAAGAGGAUGAACUUUUCUGUAGUGUGUGUGUGUGUGUUUUAAAUCAAGUCUUACCUCCUGGCUUCUCCCUCCCCUGCCUAGGUGAGGAAGGGAGCUGGCUGAGCACCAUUUUCAGGAAUCCCUCUUUGGAGCCAGCCCUUUCGCACCACUCAUCUUUCCCCCGCCGCCCUGCCUACCCAUGAGAAGCGGCGGCAGCCCCUGGGAGGGUAAGCGUGGGGGAUGGGGAGGAGGACUACUUGCCCACCUCGCCUCUUCUUCCAGCUCCCACCCUCCCUGGUGCUGGUUCUCCGGCCCGCCCCAAAGUCUGAGGGACAGUGGACAAGCCUGCAGCAAAAAAAAAAUUUGCUGGCCCCUGCACCUAAUGGGAAGCUCAAAAGCUGAACCUGAGCAUCCCUCUCCCCGCUGGUGGUUUUUGGCAAUUGGUAUUCAGAGGAACACUGUUUUCCCCCAUUGGAGGUCGAACCUAGCCCAUGGGUAGGCAAACUAAGGUCCGGGAGCCGGAUCCAGCCCAAUUGCUUUCUCAAUCCAGUCGGCGGACCAUCCGGGAAUCGUGUUUUGACAUGAGUAGAAUGUGUCCUUUUAUUGAAAAUGCAUCUCUGGGUGAUUUGUGGGGCAUAGAAAUUUGUUCAUUUCCCCCCCCCCAACUAGUCCAGCCCCCCACAAGGUCUGAGGGACAGUGGACUGGCCCCCUGCUGAAAAAGGUUGCCAAUCUCUGAAGUCCUAGCCAUUCUGGCUGGGUGGAUUUGAUGGGAAGCCCAAUGUCAAUAAAAGCAAGAAUGUUUGAUGAAAUGAAAUGUUUAGGAAUGAAGUGGAUCUCAUUUGAACUUUUUGUUAGGGUGGGCAAGACUGUGAUCUACUCACAAAGUUAAAAACUAGCAGUGAUCUACCCCGGUUCAGGUCUAAGUUGUUGAGCUUUUUUCUUUGGGGGGAGCCAGUGAUGAUGAUGAUGAUUAAUUUAUACCCCACCCAUCUGGCUAAGUUUCCCCAGUCUAUCAAGUGUUAAAAACAAUACAGCAUUAAAUAUUAAAAACUUCCCUAAACAGGGCUGCCUUCAGAUGCUUUCAGAUUUACCUGUUGGACAUGCCUAUGUUAUACCAUUCAAAAAACUGUGGGCAAAAAAUAUAAAUUUUAUAGCAUGUUAUUUAAUAAGAGAAAAUUACCUGAAAAUGCACCAUAGGUGGUAUUUAGCACUGGAGAGAUUGGCUAAAAUGAACAGAUCGCUUAGUAAUAAGUGUUGGGAGAUGCACAAAGCAGAUUGGAACCUUCUACCAUAUGUGGUAGACAUGUUCAGAGAUCAGAAAGUUCUGGGACAUGAUCCAUGAAUAAAUAAAAAAGUUACUAAGAACUUCACAAAGUAAAAGACCAGAAACAUAUCUUUUGGGAAUAUUGAACAGUGAUAUUCCAAAAGAAAAAACUCAAUUUUUUCUGUAUGCAACAUCAGCGGCAAGAAUUCUAGUGGCUAAGUACUGGAAGGGUAACCAGGUACUGACCAAAGAGGAGUGGCUAUAUAAAUUAUGUAAAUAUUUGGAACUGGCCAAAUGGACGGAUAUAAUAAGACUAAAGCCAAUGAAUACAGUCCAGGAGGAAUGGAAUUGCUUGAAUGACUACUUAGAAAGACAAGGUUCAAAUGUAAAAAUUUGGCUGUGUCUAGAAUGACCUGGUGAAUGGAAAAGGGGAAAUAUACAUAUAUACACAUUUAUAUAUUCAGAUGAAAAUGAUACUGAAAUACAGAUAAAAUAUGAAAGGUGAAAGGAAGUGCUGUGAGAGUGAUGGAAGUCUAUUAUUAUUUUGUAAAUCAGUGUUUAUUGUAAUGAAAUAUGAUACUUUAUUCUUCUUUUCUGUCUACUUUUCUUUGCAUUUUUUCUUUUUCUUUAUUUUUUCUUUCUGUUUUAUUUGAUAUUAUUCUUUAUGUAUGGUUUUGUUUUGAUGUAUUUACUUUGCAAUAUAAUAAAGAUUUUUUUAAAAUGUUUUGUUAUUUACUAAAUUCAAUAAAGGGGGGGGGGGAGAGAAAGGAAAGGAAAGAAAUUGCCCCUUUCCAUAGUGUUAAAUGCCUUUUCCUUUUCCCAGAAAACAGAAUUGCCUCAUCGGGGCCGAGUUUGCUCACCGUGUUCCUCGGAAUCGUGUGCAUUGCGGCUCUCAUGCUUCCCACGCUGGGAGAAGGGGGUUCCCUUGUGCCUCUCUACCUCCACUUAAGUGUGAAUCAAAAGUUAGUAGCGGCGUACGUAUUAGGUACGUAUUAGGUACGCAUCUUUUUGUCGUCAUUUCGAAAUAGGAUUUGGAGCAGAGUGUAAAAAUGAAAAUGUGUAAAGAAACGUAAAAAACAACCCUAUAAUCGAGUCAUUGCGUGAGGGCCAUGUCAGCAAAUUGCAACCAGGGUGGAUCAAUGUUUUUUAAAAGCAAGUUUUUUAAAAUAGGAUUUUUUUAUUUAAAUCGGAUUUUGGAAAGAAAAUGCUUUUGGAGGAAGAAUCUUUCUAUAGUUUUCUGUUUAGGUUACAUUAUAGUCCAAAGCAGGCUUCCUCAACCUCAGUCCUCCAAAUGUUUUGAGACUACAAUUCUUUUUCUCUUUCCAAUCAAGUACAGCAGAAAAGCUGUCCAAAUGGAAACAGUCAACUUAUUAAACCUCACCAUCAUUUCAUCCUUAUCUGUCAAUGUAUUUCUUAUAGUAGAACCAAAUCAGUCAUUUUUGAUAGAACUGUAAAAACGACUCUGAAAAUUUACGAUUCCAAAAAGGAAACCUUCCUCUGCUUGUCAAUAUUAGGAGGAUGCCAGCAAGGCCGAACCUUUCUGUAAGGGAAAAAAAGAAAGAUUUAAAUCAAGUCUUACUGACUAGUGAUUUAACUGAUUGCAACUGAAAGUAAAUUUGAGCUCUCUGACAUUUCGGCAUUUGUAGAGAGAUGAGUUGUGUAUGUAAGAUAAGUUGUGUAUGUAAACCACGUUUCACAAAUAUUCACAAACGUGCUCCCAGUGAACAAGCUUUCAUGCGCAUGCGCCCCACCUAACAAAACUCUUGGUGUGGGUUAUUUCUCAAGUUAAGCCGAAAUAACUGGCUUUUUUCUUCUGAUUCUUGCAGGUCUCAUCACUAUGGUCAUCCUGAGAACAUGA